AUGUUUCAGCCUCUCCUCAUUACCACCCUCAUUCUGUCCACUCCCUUACAUGGUGAUUCUAAGUCCCCUCAAAUUCGUAGACUCUCAUCUCGGCCUAUGGAUGCCAUCUGUCCCUCCUACUGCGAGUGCCUUCGAGAAGAAACCAAUGAUGGUGCGUCCGCUUAUUCUGUCGAGUGUCACAUGGGAACCAAUACCCUGCCCAUUGCUUGUGCCCAAAGAUGGGUGAACCUGAAACUCAAUCUGUACAAUUACACAGGUCCACUACAGCCCAGAUCAUUUCACACCAAACCCGUCUUCUCAUAUUGCCACGAACUAGUCAGUUUGUACAUUCGUCAGACAGGCGAAAACCCAGUUGGUCUUGCCCUUCGUUCUCUGCUGCAGGGUCUAAUGAACCUACGCCGCGUCUGGUUCCAUCACGUUCACUUGGAAAGUGACGGUGUGGAGGCGUCCAAUUUCUACAAAAUUCCACCCAAAUUGGAACUUAUAGCCUUCUCUGAUUGUUCUGUAACCCUAGAUGCUAACAAGCCGUUGUUUUUUGACACGCCAACAAGUCUGCAGCAGCUGAGACUCACAAAUGUUAGUCUGACUGGAUCUCUUUCGAGUCGACUACUGGUGAACCUUUGUCACACCUCAAAAAACGCCUUCCGACCAAAUGACAUUGUGUCGCUAUAUUUAGAUCGGAAUCAUCUGAAGAGCUUAGAUAGGAACAGUUUAUUGGGCUGUCGAAAUUUAAGGGUUCUACAGCUCUCCUACAACCACCUGGCUGGAAGUCUCGAGGAGGUAAUGGGCCUGAGUUCACAAAUCUUACGACAAAACUGGGCAAUCAAGAAGACCCUGGCAGCGGCAGAGACAUUAGAAUAUGGAGUCCUUGGACACACUCCACAAUUGGAAGCUCUAGAUCUUUCCGGAAACUUUAUAACUGGCAUUAGAAGUCCUUUGUGGGCGUAUGGUCGGGAAGGUACUAAAAUCCACAGUCUGACCGAAUUGAAAACCAUAUCCCUCUCCAAUAACAACCUCACCUACAUUGUCCGCGGUGCUUUUCAGGGAGCACCUAACCUUCGUGAAAUUGAUCUCUCUCGAAAUCCUAGGCUCUUUUGCCCAAUGCAUUUGGAAACACCAGCCUUCUACUCCUAUAUCGACCCCUACAUUUUCGGUGGAAUCCAGAAACUAACCAAAGUCUAUUGGGACUUCGCAGACAAGACGUGUAUUCUCAGCUCUAUGAUGUCUGAAUCCAGCUAUGGUGUCCUCUCUGAAGGCCUAUUCAAACUCUUUGCUUCUCGUUCCCUUUGCUUAAGCGAGGUUUUACAAAAGCCAUCUGUCAUUAAUGAACGAAUAACUCACUCAAGUACAACCACAUCAGUAACUGAUACGGAUCAAAAAAAACUACCUGCGGUAGGACAGUCAGUUGAAAAGUCGAGAACCUCAUCCUUAUGGGCUCCGAUUGAUAUGGUCUCCAGCUUUCUUUGUGGCCUUAUAGCACCUUUACUGAUUGUGCUUUUUGUAGUGUUGGCAGUUCGAAGUAAGACCCUUUUUGAGGUAGUGGUCAAUUGCUGUGACAGAGGUAAAGGAUGUCCCAUUUUGAGUAGAACGGAAAAUCAUCCACCUGGGGAGCCACCGGGACCGCGCAAUAGCCCUUGCUAUACUCUGCCUUCAAACGGGAGAAGACCAGGGCUUCUCCUAUUAUGCGAUGAAGAAGCGGAACGUUUGAACAACGGUCUGACGAGCAGUAGUCUACAGAACCUCUGUCUGGCCUGUCUGGACCAGCCGACAACUAGUUCUGCGGCUGCAAUGCAGGCUCAGUCAUUGGAGUUCUACGACAACUGCAAACAUUUAACUACGAGCUUUCUGGGGGGUGGAAAAGAAUCUGCACAUCAACAAGUUAGAAGAACUACUGGAACGGAAAUUACGCGCGUACUGGCUGGGUCACAAGAGAGGUCCUUAAAUGGCAAAAUGAACGUCAACGAUUGGAAUUUCAUUUGA